CGCAAUACAGCCGUUUUCCCCUGUCCACAGCUUACCUCCUAAUCACCAACACUAACACCAGCACGACACCGGCACGACCAUCGAUUCAGGAAUGGCCAAAAUCCAAAGCCUUCCUCAAGAGCUCAUAGAUUCCUUCAUUGACGAGUUCAAAUAUGAUCAAAGAACUCUUAGAACGUGCGCUCUCGUAUGCUGGGCAUUUCUGCCUCGAGUAAGGACGCUCCGUUUUCAGAACAUCAACCUCAUGCGAAAGAAUCAAAGUUCAUCGUUCAUCGUUCUUUGUAGGGCAUCUCCUCAGAUCACAACAUAUGUAACAUCCGUCACUAUCAAAUUAGCGAGCGUAUGGGAGGACGCGAAGUUGGUACUUCCACUCUUGCCUAAUCUACAACACCUUCGUCUUUUCCACUGCUCCAGUUUCGGGAGAUUGCUACCGUGCAUCCCUACGAAAAAGCUUACCUCCCUUACUCUUGACACCGCCAGCUUUGAAGACUCGACGAAGCUCAAAGCAUUCCUCACCUUGUUCCCAAACCUUCGACAACUGUCUUUGGUAGAAAUCAUGUUCCAUCGCACCCGGGACAGCUUCUCCGCCAUUCAAGGAAAUCUCCACCUCGACGCACUUGCAAUUGAUUUUGGAAAUAAAGUCGUUGACUUCACCCUGUGCCCAGUUAAAGACCUCCGUCGCCUUGCCGCUAGGUUCAACAUAUCCUGUGUGCCUCCUCUUCGCAUACUCCUCCGAGACAACCAUGAUUCGCUUCAGGAUUUGUACCUCCAGUUUUUCUCCAAAUUACCCGAUUCUGAUGUUCCGUCCAUCGAUUUAUCACUUACACGUCGUCUCCAGAAUAUCACCUUUGAGGUGUGGCAAGGAAGCGGCACAGCAUUCGGCCGUUCUGCUCUUAAAUGGUCUAUGCGCACACUCGCUACCGCCCCAUCAACAAAUGUUCGUUUUCUCCUUGUCAUUUAUGGUCCUCCGGAGAACGACCAGUCCAUUUGGCGUGAUCUACCGGCGCGUCAUUCGGUUUCCAUCGAUAUAGCGCCGUACAGACGUGAAGAUCACUCGCGGGAUUGCCUGGCGCUGAAAACUGCCCUCGAAAGCGAGGUGAAACCAAAGGCUAUCAAAGUGAAUUUCUAUCCUGAGGCAAAGACAAUCGAAUUUUCCGAGUAACCAUAAUUAAGGUCUUCCCAUCUACAAAGCUGCGCUCAGAAUCAUGAUCACCAUUCUCUUUCUACAUUUUGAGAUAUAUCCGACUUCUUC